AUGAGGAAAAUUCCGGACAAGUCAUGGAUAGAUAUCCCUAGGAUUGAACGGUUUCGCGAUCGACGUUAUAGGGAUGGAUGUGAAGCCUUCAUGAAGUAUGCCGAAAUGAACCCAAAUAAUUUAAGUAGCGGUGCAAUGUACUGCCCCUGUUAUAUAUGUAAGAAUAUGAAGCUGAAAAAUAGAGAUGAAAUACGAAGUCACUUAGCAAACUCUGGGUUUUACGCUGAAUAUAAAUAUUGGUCCUACCACGGGGAAGGCUGUACUGAAAUUGAAGUACCAAAUGUGCAUGUUGAUGCCAGUCAUGCUAUUGAUAUAGAUGAUACAGAAAAUUUACAAACUGAAGGUGGACCUAGCCAUACCGAAUACGAUAUUAACAAUGACAGUGAAGAUGAUAUCGUAGAUGAUGUCCAAGAUGCAACUGAGAUUCAAGAUGUUGAUGACCCAGAAGGCUUUGGAGAUGCUCAUAUUCCUGAGGACUUGGAUUGUAUAAUGAAACUACUAGAGGAUAGUGAAGAGGAUCUGUAUGAAGGUUGCACCGAGUACUCCAGAUUUUCAUUUAUGUUGGAGCUCUUGCAUAUUAAGAACCUCAGUGGAAUGGCAAAUACUUAUUUCGAAAUGCUUCUUGAUUUGUUGCGGAAGGUAGUUCCAGGAGGAGAGCGUAGCAUUCCUAAAACAACUUAUGCGGCUAAGCAAAUUGUUUCCGAUUUGGGACUUGAUUACAAUAAGAUUGAUGCGUGUCCCAAUGAUUGUAUUCUCUACUAUAAGGAUAAUAAAGAACUUCAGGAAUGUCCAACAUGUGGAGUAUCUCGAUGGAAACAACGCACCCGCUCUUCAACAAGGCGGACAACAGAGUCAGUGUACAUGCAGAGCAAGAUUCCAGCUAAGGUGCUUCGCCAUUUUCCAUUAGUUUCUAGAUUGCAACGUCUGUAUAUGAACAAAGACACCGCUAAGAGCAUGAGGUGGCACAAAGAGGGUCGUAUAGAAGAUGGUAAGUUGAGACAUCCAGCUGAUGCAGAGGCUUGGAAGCAUAUUGAUAAGACGUUUCCCAAUUUCGCUCAUGAAUGCAGAAAUGUCAGACUUGGGCUUGCUAGCGACGGAUUCAAUCCGUUCGGGGUUAUGAGUUCAGGUUGGUCUACAUGGCCAGUUGUCUUAAUGCCAUAUAAUUUACCCCCACUGCUUUGUAUGAAACAACCGUAUAUGAUACUCUCAUUACUGAUACCAGGUAAGCAUGCACCAGGUAAUGAUAUUGAUGUCUACUUAGAGCCCUUAAUUGAUGAGCUAAAACAGUUAUGGUUGGAAGGUAUGUUGAUAUAUGAUGCACAUGCAAAAGAGUCGUUUAGACUUCGUGCUAUCCUAAUGUAA